AUGACUCGUGGCUCGAAAUUCAAGGCGGGAUACACCGACGACAUCGGUGAUGGCAUUGCUACACUCAUCGGCAUUCUCAUGUUGGUGGCUACAAGCCUGAUAAGGCGCUGUCGUCGCAAGCUAGAGAAGCGUGAGGUCGAUCCGUGGGAAGGAAGAGAACACGCCGACGUGUGGCACGCCCGGUCAAAAGAGCAUGAAAGUGCCCGGAACCAUGAAGAGGGUCAACAGGCCAGCUCUUCGCAGCCUCGGACGCAAACAAAGUCUUUGCGGGAGCUACAGGACCGAGUAUUCGACUUGGAGACUCGGGUUCGGGCGGCGGGGGCGCGUCCCAUCUCGUCGGCUGUGUAUCUUGGUCUCGGUCAUUCGGCCGGUUCAGGGGCGAGUACCGACAAGAAUGCCUUGCAUGACCACGAACGAGCCCUACUCCGGGGUAAAGGCUUCAAAACGCAAUACUUCGGUCCCAGUCACGGAGCUAAUUUACUGCUACAAUUUGAGGAACUCUCUCGCUUUGUCAAGGAUAUCCUGCAGCGGCUGCCAACACUCGAAAAAUCCAGAAAUAUCUGGAAACAACAACGUCGAGACCUCAACGCCAACUUGAUUCUUCCAGACUUCGACACUCUGAUAUCGUUGGUUCCGGAACAGAGCCGUGCAGAUGCUCUAGUGCAAGAAUAUUUCGAGACGCUGGAGACGACUUAUCGAGUUCUGCACGCACCGACCUUCUUCCGCAAAUACAAGGAGUUCUGGUCAUCGUCCAGGGACUCUUCCUCGGCAUUUCUUGUGCAGCUUCUUCUCGUGUGCGCGAGCGUGAACUGCUCCGUGGCCGGCGGUCCCGUCGGAUUUGUCGGUCGAAGUACCGUUUCCCGCGAUGCAGCGGUCAGAUGGAUCGAGGUCUGCGAGAGUUGGCUGGAGCUGCAAAGCCAGAAACACAUGACCCUGGAGGUUUUUCAGGUCCGAGUCCUCCUAGUGAUUGCCAAAAAGCUGAACUGCGUCAAGGUCAAGCGAGAAUGGACAGUCUCGGGACAUCUGCUGCGGGAAGCCAUGUCAUCCGGGCUGCACCGGGAGCCGACUUUCUUGAGCAACAACAUCUCAGUCUUUGACCAAGAAAUGCGCAGGAGACUCUGGUACACAAUACUCGAGCUUGAUAUCCAGAGCAGCAUUGACCGCGGUAUGGGAGCAAGUAUUGGUCCAUUCGACUGGGAUACUUUGCCGCCGUUAAACCUCCACGAUGAAGACUUCGACGAAUCAACGGAAAAGAUGCCCGCAGCGAGGCCAAUGACCGACUUCACUCGGACAUCAUUCAUUUGCCUAGCACAUCAACACUUGCCACUCCGCCUGGAGAUAUUGUCUAGGAUCAACAGCAUUCGUAUGAGCCUUGAAAGUGAUACCGCCAUCGAGCUUGAUCAAAAGAUUCGGCAGACCUUGGACAACUUCCCUAAAUGGUCCGAUAACUCAGCAAGUGCCAUUGCGGAAGCCCUCUCGGGGCUUCUACUCUACGAGAUUCUGUUACUCCUGCAUCAGCCGUUCGCCACCCAAGUGGAUGCCCCCGCGCAACAUUUCUAUUCACGAGCCGCACGGCGGAACGCGGCAUCUGCAACGAUGAGGAUCUUUAUGGGAUUGCGACCCAGCAGCAGGAGGACCUACCUCAACCUUCGGGAUGAUUUGUUCCGAGCUUGCUUGGCAACUUGCCAUGAUUUAUGCAUCUCAACCGGCUUGAAGGAGGGAUUGUUGCAGGAUCCGACAAUUGCGGAGAACUUGAUCGAACAAAGCGUCAAUUUGAUGGAAGACCGUAUCAAAAGCCUCGGCCAAGGGUUUCAUACAUAUUGGCUCACCUGCAGCGCCCUGGCGCUUCUGCAUUCGAAACUCUCUCCAGCAGAACCAGCAGAGAAGUUUGCACAGGAGACUGCUGAUAGGGUAGUCAAUCUACAAGGCUUCAUGAUGUCGCAGCAGAUUGCGCCAGUCGGAAACAGCAACGGCGUGGAAGAUGUGACAAUGAGCACAGCCAAUACGUUAGUGGGAAUGAGUACCCAGCCUACGCCCGGCCAACCUCUACCAGAACUCGAUCCAUUUGUGACGACGACCACGGAUCCAUUCAAUACCUUUCCCGAGACAUUGUUUGACUUUGAUAUCACAGAUCUGUGGAACAUGGGAGGAAUUGGGGGAAGCACGCAUUACUGA